AUGAACAAGUUUCGCCUGGCCUUGCUCCAGCUGGCAGUGACAGCCAACAAGGCGGAAAACCUCAAGAGAGCAAGUAGGCUAAUCAGAGAUGCGUCUUCUGCGGGAGCCAAGAUACUCUGCCUCCCAGAAUGCUUCAAUUUCCCGUACGAACCGAAAUACUUCUCGAAGCACGCGGAGUCGAUACCCGGCAUAUCCAGCGAGAUGUUGUCAAGAUGCGCCGAAGAAAACAAAGUCUAUCUCGUCGGAGGCACCCUGUCAGAGAGGGAGAACGGGAAAAUCUACAACACCUCCUUGGUGUACGGACCGGACGGUUCGAUUCUGGCCAAGCACCGGAAAGUACACCUCUAUGACAUCGACGUCCCAGGCAAAAUCACCUUUCGGGAGUCGGACUUUGUGACGCCGGGCGACGCACUGACCACCUUUGACACUCCGUUCUGCAAAGUGGGCGUCGGCGUAUGUUUCGAUAUUGCGUUUGCGCCCAUGACUCAUAUAUACGCGCAGCUUGGUUGCAAGUUAGUGGUGUAUCCUGCGGCUUUCAACACGACAACCGGUCCGUUGUAUUGGAAGCUGGUUCCGAGGUGUAGGGCGUUGGAAAACCAGGUUUACGUGGCAAUGGUGUCGCCCGCAAGGGAUGAAACGGCGUCGUACGUCACCUGGGGAUAUAGCAUGUUGGUGGAUCCGACCGCCAAUGUCAUACAGUCUGCCGGAGUUGGCGAAGAAAUUGUGCUUGCUGAAGUGGACUUCAACUAUCUGGAUCGGGUGAGGAACCAAAUGCCCGUGAACAACAAAAAAAGGAAUGAUUUGUACAAGGUGGUAAGCUGUAAAGAUUGA